AUGACUACCUUAAACCACACUGAUGUGAGCUACACAGUCUUCUACUUGCUGGGCAUCCCUGGCCUUGAGGACCAGCACGUGUGGAUUUCCAUCCCCUUCUUCGUUUCCUAUGUCAUCGCCUUGCUGGGGAACAGCUUGCUCAUCUUCCUUAUCCUCACAAAGAGCAGCCUCCAUGAACCCAUGUACCUCUUCCUCUGCAUGCUGGCCGGAGCAGACAUUGUCCUCUCCACGUGCACAGUGCCUCAGGCCUUGGCCAUCUUCUGGUUCCAUGCUCAGGAGAUCUCCCUGGAUCGCUGCAUCACUCAACUCUUCUUCAUCCACUGCACUUACAUCUCUGAGUCAGGGAUCCUGCUGGUGAUGGCAUUAGACCGCUACAUUGCCAUAUGCUACCCGCUGAGAUACACCACCAUUCUUACUCAUGUGCUGAUUGGGAAAAUUGGUCUGACUAUCUUUCUGAGAAGUUACUGUACAGUAUUCCCCAUGAUAUUUCUUCUGAAAAGACUGACUUUUUGCAGAACUAACAUUCUUCAACACACUGGUUGUGAGCACAUGGGGUUGGCCAAGUAUGCCUGUGAUGACAUACGCAUAAACAUUUGGUAUGGAUUUUUCGUCCUCAUGUCAACAGUGAUUUUAGAUGUUAUACUAAUUUGUGUUUCAUAUAUGCUUAUUCUCCGUGCUGUCUUCCGCAUCCCUUCCCGACAGGCUCGCCACAAAGCUCUCAACACUUGUGGUUCCCAUGUCUGUGUCAUUAUCCUUUUUUAUGGUCCUGGGAUCUUCUCAACCCUCACUCACCGCUUUGGACACCACAUUUCACCCCACAUUAAUGUACUCCUUGCCAAUGUCUGCAUUCUGAUACCUCCUAUGCUAAAUCCCAUCAUUUAUGGGAUCAAGACCAAACAGAUCAGAGACCAAAUUACUUAUGUCUUGCUUUCCAAAACAAUAUGA